AACAAUAUAUCCUUCCUCUCCUGGCCUGUGAUUGGUGAUAAUCAAACUGAAACAGAUUUUUACGCUGUCAACCUUCUCCUAUCUUGCUUCUACACUGUGUUCCUAUUUCCGCUUGGCCUUGUGGGUAAUGUCCUGAUCCUUUUGGUGAACUUGGACCCCUGCCAGCGAAGGAGCAACCCAGACCUGUACUUCACCAACCUUGCCCUGGCUGACCUGGUGCUGGUGCUGGACUCGCUGAUAGAAGUGUUCAACCUGAGUGGACAUUACUAUGAUGAUGCUGUGCUGUGCACUUGCAUGGCGCUCUUCCUGCAGAUCAACAUGUACAGCAGUGUCUUCUCCCUCACCUGGAUGAGUCUGGACCGCUGUGUGGCUCUAACCGGCCUGUCGUCUCGUUCUCUAGCUGCCACCCACAACUCGCUAAGUCACCAUUCCAGCCUCAUGUGCACUGUCAUCUGGGUGGCGGCCAUUGCCUGCACACUGCUGCCAUUCGCCACAGCUCAUGCCCAACACGGCUGGGGGCGGGGCUUCUGCUUUGCGGCCGCAGCUGAGGUCCAGUGGCUGGAGGUGACGCUGGGCUUUGCUGUACCUUUUUGCAUCAUGGGUGUUUGCUACGCCCUGAUUGGCCAUGCGCUGUUGCAGUCAGAGCGACCACGUCGGGCCAAGGCGCUUCGGAUGAUCGCGGCCGCAGUCGGCGUCUUCUUCGUCUGCUGGCUGCCUGAAAAUGUCUUCAUAUGUGUUCACCUGCUGUGCGGGGCAACCGAACCAUCACGGCGGCGAGGCAACAGCACACUAUGGCAGCAGUACCCACUGACAGGUCACGUGGUCACGUUGGCUGCAUGUGCCAACAGCUGUCUCAACCCGCUGGUCUACGGCCUGCUGGGAAAAACUUUCCGGCGCAAACUGAAUCUCUUCCUGAAGCACCACCUACACUGCCUUGCUGCACCUCAACGAACCACAGACAUGACUCAUGUGCCCCUUCGUGGGUGCCUGAGAGAGCAGUUCAGACACAACACAUGUGCUCACCAGGCUCAGAGAGAAAAGGAGUAUGAGCCCAGAAGGGUCUGAGUAGAGUGUUACAGAAAGGGUAAAUAAAACCUAUGAGCAGUAACAGGGAAAUGGACUAGUAGGCCCCUGAAGUCUGAUACCUCUGAAAAAAGUAAUGGCAUUUUUUACAAAUAGGAGGUUAAAACACAAAGGUUACUACAUGUAAGUCAACACUGCUGUUAGCUUUAAGUGGACGUAUGAAGUGUGGUAUUUAAGCUGCUACUUAAGCUGCAUAACAUGUUAAACAUGUUAGAUACAGAGACAGACUGAUAGAGAGACUGAUAACAUUAAAGGCCAAUUCAUACGUCUGCAUCGAACCUACGCCGUAGCCUAUGCAUAUCCAGCUUUUGCUUGCGCAUAUCAGUGGCUCUGUCUUGCUCUGCUGUUUAAAAGGCCAAAAUGUGUUGGAUGUAACGCGUGGCUGGCGAACAAAUCACAGCUGCGGCUGUCUGUCACACGUAGUAACAUUUCCAGGGAGGUGCGCAUCAAGCUAUGGCACAGGGUAUGCGUCAAGAAGAAGGCUAUGGCUUAGGUGUGACGGAGACGUAUAACCAGGGGUUGGUUGGUUGGUUGGAUGGAUGGAUGGAAUAUUUAAACCUGUCAUUAUCUUGAUUUUGAGAUUAUGCACCCUAAAGAUGAAUAAAGUUACUGCUAGUGAAUAUGAAUACCAGUUUUUGUCAUAUUUUGUCAGUGUUUGCCAGUUUAAUUACAAACUAAAGUCUAUGUCUGUAAGAUAGAACAUGCAAGGGUUGGAC